AUAUUGAGCUCUCUUGUGCCACUUCUCUCAACCAUUUUCUCUUUGUACUUCUACUUCUCUUUUGGUUUAUUUGAUCUUCUCUUUAAACCUUCAAUGGCUGCUAUGGAUGUGCACAACUCUGCCAACGAGGUUGCGCUAAAGGAAAGAGAAGAAAAUAUUAGUUCUACAGAUGCUGUGACUGUGGUUGGAAACAGAAAUGAGCAUAGACUAAGAAGGAAGAGCUCAGGAGGGUGGACAGCUGCAAGCAUCUUGCUAGCGAAUCAAGGCCUGGCCACGCUAGCUUUUUUUGGAGUUGGCGUGAAUUUGGUUCUGUUCUUAACGAGAGUUCUUGGCCAAGACAAUGCUGUUGCUGCUAAUAACGUAAGCAAAUGGACUGGCACAGUCUACAUGUGCUCUCUCAUUGGAGCUUUUCUCAGCGAUUCCUACUGGGGUCGUUACUUGACAUGUGCACUCUUUCAGAUUAUUUUUGUCUCGGGGUUGCUUCUCUUAUCUCUGUCGUCUUGGAUUUUCUUGAUCAAACCGCGCGGCUGUGGCAAUGAAGUAAUAGCUUGCCGGCCACCAUCGCCUGUGGGUAUAGCCAUAUUCUACUUAUCAAUAUAUUUAGUAGCCUUUGGAUAUGGCGGACACCAACCCACUAUAGCUACAUUUGGAGCAGACCAAUUUGAUGAAGAGAAACCUAAAGAAAAGACUUCGAAAGAAGCUUUCUUCUGCUACUUCUAUUUUGCACUCAACUUUGGAUCUUUAUUCUCAAACACCAUUUUAGUCUACUUUGAAGAUUCUGGUGAAUGGACACUUGGGUUUUUGGCAUCUUUAGGCUCUGCAGUCAUAGCCUUAGUGUCAUUUUUGGUGGGGACUCCUGGAUACAGAUACAUAAAACCUUGUGGGAACCCUUUGCCAAGAGUUGCUCAGGUGUUUGUAGCUUCAGCUAGGAAAUGGGAUGUUGUUCCUGCUAAUUCUGAUGAAUUGUAUGAAGUAGAAGGACCAGAAUCUGCAAUCAAAGGCAGCAGAAAGAUUCUUCACAGUGAUGAGUUCGAUUUCCUGGACAAGGCAGCAACUAUAACAGAGGAAGAUAUGCUACACCAAAGUGAUCCAUGGAGGCUCUGCACAGUGACUCAAGUUGAGGAGGCCAAAUGUGUUCUAAAGCUCUUACCCAUUUGGCUAUGCACUAUAAUUUACUCAGUUGUCUUCACACAGAUGGCUUCUCUCUUUGUUGAGCAAGGAAAUGUCAUGAGCUCAAACCUAGGAAAAUUUCACCUCCCAGCUGCAAGCAUGUCUGCCUUUGACAUCUGCAGUGUCCUCAUCUGCACAGGAAUUUAUCGCCAAAUCCUGGUGCCCUUAGCAGGAAAGUUAAGUGGAAAUCCUAGGGGCUUAACGGAGCUUCAAAGAAUGGGAAUUGGACUCAUUAUUGGAAUAUUAGCAAUGGUUGCAGCUGGUAUAACUGAAAUUCAGAGGCUGAAACAUGUCAUCCCAGGCCAAAAGAUAAGCUCUUUGAGCAUAUUUUGGCAAAUCCCACAAUAUGUUCUUGUGGGUGCUUCAGAGGUUUUCAUGUACGUAGGUCAGCUAGAGUUCUUUAAUGGGCAAGCACCAGAUGGGAUCAAAAGCUUUGGAAGCUCACUUUGCAUGGCUUCAAUCUCUGUUGGAAACUAUGUGAGUAGCUUGCUGGUUAAUAUGGUAAUGAAGAUUACAGCUAGAAAUAACAAGCCUGGAUGGAUCCCAGCUGACUUGAACACAGGCCAUAUGGACAGAUUCUACUUCCUGAUUGCUAUUCUUACAGCUUUUGAUUUUCUCAUCUAUUUGUUCUGUUCAAAUUGGUACAAGCCCAUUAAUCUCCAUGAAACUGAAAUGGACAAACAAGAAGAUGAUGUGUUGGGAAGAGCCUAAUUAAAUAAAAAAAAGAAACUCUUCUUUGUCUAAUUAUGUAGUAUAAAAACUGCAACAAGGAAGUUUGACCUUGAUUUGUUUAUUGGGGAUGAUUGCUUUCUUUUCAGGGUAAUAGGAUUUUGUUAAGUUGUAAAGUUAAUUUGGUUAUAUUUUCUUUUCAAGCACAAAUAUUUAGGGAAGAAUUUAGGCCAAUUGCAUGGAACAAUUUAAUCCCUGUGAUAUUUCACUC